AUGAAGGAGGAGGAGAGUGCGCUGGAGAGAGCGAAGAGAGGUGAGUUGGCCGCCAGAGGUGCUCAGGCUGCACUGCAGAUGGCGAAAGAGGCAGCAGAAGGGGCCAUGCAGGCAGUGGAGGAGGCAGUAAAGCAGGCAGUGAAGGAGGUAGCGAAGGAGGUUCAGUUGAAUGCUGAUGCUGAAAACAGUGUAGCGAGAAAAUCUUUGAAUACAGCUACAAUUGUUACAAAUGCUGCGGCCGUACUGUUGCUGCCCAAUCCGUCGUCUUCGGGAGCGCAGCCUACAGGUGUAAGUGACACGACAGUCAAGCUAAAGACAAAAGCACAGGAGGUAAAGGAGGUGCAGAAGGCAAAAGAAGAAUCCACUAAACUGUUGCAGAGUGCCGCAAAAAUAAAAUUGGAGGCUGAGGGCCCACUGCAGAAGGCCAAGGACGCAGUGUUCAAAGCAGAAGAGGCGCUGCAAAUGUUUCGUUGGGCGGAGGCGAAUGCAACAGAUGCGGAUCAGCACGUCAAGAAAGCAGUGGAGGCUGCAAAGGCAGGAGCGACGGCGGCAAAGGACGUGGCUUACAAUUGCUUUGUUCAAGUGGAGAGGGCAUACAAUGCAUCGCUGGCGGUUGGGCGGUCAGUGAACGAAACAGAUACAGCAGCGCGGGAAGCUCACAGCGUGGCCGAAAAGCUUGAUAAAAACGAAAUUACGGCUGAAUGGGUAAAAACGUUGAUUGGUGCGUAUCGAAAGGCACAACCAGCCCGUGAAGCAUUUUACAUUGCUGUGUCGGUGUUCAGAGAUGUACAAACAUUCGGUAACAAAGCAGCAGAGAGUGCCGAUGUCACAUUGGCCUCCAUUGAGGGCCAACUGCGGACAGCUGCAACUGGUGUUGAUAAAAGUGUGUCUGCGGGGUCAAGAGCUGAGGCCGUGCUGAAGGAAGCAAGGCAGGAGUUGAAACAACUUCAGGAACAAGCGGGAAAGUCGGGCGCGCCUGAGACUAAAGAGGAGCAGCAGGAACAGGGUUCAGUGAUGAGGGACGAGCACAGUCUUCCGCCACAAUCCGAGGGCGGUGCCGCAGUGGCUCCUGGGAAGAAGGAUGGCUCACGUCCCUCAGCAACAGAGGCCACCACCGUUCCUGGGGCUGAUGCUGAUGCUACGCCCGCUCUCGCCAGCAAUACUGAUGGCAGCAGCAACCCUGCGUUGGUGUAUGCACCACUGCUGCUGCUUCCGGUCUGUGUGUCUCUCUGGUAA